AUGGAUCUGGACACUGCCUACGAUGCCCCUGAUCCAGUCACAAGCUCCGAAUCUGAAACUGAGCCCGAUGGAAAAAAAGCCCCACUCAAACAAUCCCACAAAUUCAUGCAACUGACCAACUAUUCACUUCGGUCACGACAACCACAAGUACAACCAGCACUUGAGCCAAACACUCCAACUCGCCAGAGUGCACGCCUUCAACUCCAGACCCCUCCAGCGACACAACACAAGGUUCGGAAAGGUCCAAUUCCAACGUUUGCGCCUGGUCAAAAGUUCAGCAAGAAGAUGCCGGCCCAAAAGACUGCUGGAAAGGCUCCAAGAAAGACCUCAGAGAUCAGCGGAAAGAAGAUUGUGAAGAAGGCCGCGAAGAAAAGCCGUCGUUAUAAGCCUGGUACCGUUGCUCUCCGACAAAUCAAACACGACUUGCACCCUCACGAGGACUUUCGGCUUCAGUCUUCUGCAAUUUCUGCUCUCCAGGAAGCUGCAGAAACUGCACUCGUCAAGGAGUUUGAAAUGACCCAGCUGGCUGCUAUCCACGCAAAGAGAGUCACAAUUCAACAGAAGGACAUGAAGCUUGUCCAGCAGGUGUGCUUACACAUACAUGAUGGGGUUUUCAUUUCCAGGCCAACUAAGAUAGGAGAGAUGGAAGAUACCAGGAAUAGGUCAAAUGAGUAG